AUGGACUAUAUAAGUGUUUUUGUGACAUCUGACCUCACAUCUUCUGAGAGAAGGAUUUCACUGAAUUGGACGGUCGACCAUUUACGCCAACGGCUUGAGUGGAUUACAGGAAUUCCUGGGCCGGACCAGAUUAUUUACAUAUACCGUACAGGAAACACAAGUGAAAGACAAAAGAUAGCUGAGACUGACACACAUAAUACUCUAACUACUUACAGCAUAGUUCCGCAUACUCGUAUCCAUGUUGAUUCCAAAGAUACCAACUCUGUAGUGAACGAUCUAGAAAAAGACUUUCAAAACAAUUCCGACUCUACAGAACACUAUCGUAUAACCGAGGAAAAGUACAGAAAGUUGGAUAACUCCGUUUUGCGAUGGAAGCAGAACAAUAAUCUAGGUGAAUACGAUCGAAACUACGCACUUAAGAGAGACAAGUACCUUCAAGAAAAUGCUGAGUUGUCAAAGCAGUUUCAUGUAGGUCAGGGUUGCUCUGUGUUGACUUCGUCUACUGAUACCUCACCUAUAUCAGAGAAAAGAGGAGUUAUACGAUUUAUUGGCAAAGUGGAAGAGAUUGAUGAGGGAUUUUGCGAGUGGAUUGGAAUUGAACUUGACAACAAAUUGGGUAAAAACGAUGGAUCGAUUAGGGGAUCUAGGUUCCUUUUGAGCAUGUUCGAUCUUAAUAAUAUCUACGAGAGCUUUACGCAAGAAUUUGACAUCUUCAAGAGUCUUCGCUUGGUGGUAAUAAUAGGUGGUUAUAUUUUCUUCAGGCAGCGAUACUUGGCGUUCAUGAAGCAGUAUCAGGUGAAAAAGAAGCUUGAAGAAGAUCGGAACAAUAAGUCGAAUGAACUGAUAGAACGACCUGGUGAAGGACACCUGGAUGAAGCCGUUUCCAGUGGCAUUUCUGCAAGCGAUGGAAGAUGGGGUUGGGGAAAGCGGACUCGGAAUAAAGUUAAAUCGCAGCAGAAAUUAUUACAAAGUCAGUUGGAGUAUGCAGCCACAAAGAGCACCAAUGAUGCGACCUCUGAUAGCGAUGAUGAAAUAAAUGAGCUUCUUGAGGAAUGA